AUGGCCUCAUCAGGAAAGACUACUGCUGUCACUGGAGGAACUGGUAUCGAGUCCACACCAGCCAAUAACGUUGGAGGUACCGAUACCGCCAGAAGGAACUCGAACACUCUCUUUUCAGGUCUCAUGAACCAGAAGCGAAAUAGCCAAGAUGCCAACGCCCAAGCACGACGAGAGAGCUUCAAUGAUAUGAAGCCUGCUACAGGAGUGAUUGGGAAGAUGUGGAACAGCUUCACCUCCGGAUCAUCACCAAAGUAG